AUGUUAGGAAGGGAAAAGGAAACAAAGCCGCUGAAGUGGCUGAAGAUUGAGAAUUCAGAGACUGAUGAAGAAGAUUCCGCAUUGGGGAGCAAUAUUUCUAGCGCGAGCUCGGAAAUUGGACAGCACGAUUAUGAAAACACGAAAAAGACGGUCUCUAGUUCCGCGAAUUCGAUCACCACCUCCAACAUGGUGAAGAUCGAGGUGCUCAAAGCUGCCAAGCCCGUCAAAAUUGACUUCUCCUCUCCAGCUUCUUCGGAGCAAUACGUCGUCAACAGUAUAAAGCGAUACACGCGCUUCAGGCAAAGGGAGAAGAAGAAAGCACAUGUCAGUUAUAAAGAUGCUCCCAGAAAACUAAGAGCUUCCGUGGUGCCAUCAAGUUCCUCCCGCUCCGUGUCUCCCACCGCCCGCUUGGCCAACCUUCCCAACAGUCGUCCGCAAAACAAGGCUCAAAAGCAACAACAGAUUUUCUUCAUUUCUCAAUCAUCAGCUGCAUUUUCAACUUCAAACAAGUCGUUUUCCGUUGCCGAUUUCAACAAAAUUCAAGAGCCCAAAAACAAGCUAGAACUGGUUCAAGAAUGGGUUCAGGAUCAAAAAACAUGUUCUUCAAUUUCUCACAGAACAGAAAGCGAGUUGGAUGUAGACACCCAAGGUCUGCGGAUGCGAAGCAACCUCUCCAAGUCAACUUCCGACAUUGCCGAAGCCAGCAAUUACGAAGACGCAACCCUUGUUUUCUCUCGUUUUCCAUCUUCGUCCGGCUCCAACUCCGCCUCCUCUGGAGCGGCUUCGAAAUCAGCUGCUCUUCCCAACCGAGCGCCCAAAACUGGAAGUUCUUCUGGCCCUGCUUCUCCUGAUCUGAAUAGCUGUGGAUCGCACUCGAGAAAAUUGAAGAAAAAUGUUUCGAUUCCGAUUGAUUUGAGAUGCCCUGUUUGCUUAGAUUUGUAUGCGAAACCGCUGUUUUUGCCGUGCGGGCAUACUUUUUGUAAAGGCUGCAUCAAGCGCGUUGUAGAUGCUUCUGAAGAACAGCAAAAGCGACUGUAUCAGUUUUUCUGUCCGACUUGUAGAAACAUCAUCGAAUACGGCGAAGGAGGAAUCGACUUGCUCCAGAAAAACAUGAAAAUGGCUCAAGCAAUCACAAAGUACGAAUUCCACGGCGGUAUCAAACGAAGAGUCUCAAGCUAUCAGACCGAGGUUACGGCUGCUCCUCUCAAGUCCAAACCAGCGCUGGAAGCCAAGGCUAGCGAGUUGCAAAAUGCGAUUACAAGAAUUGAGCGCUCCCGAGCGGCUAUUGCGGCGAAGAAGAAGGAUGUUAUCACUAGAAUAGAAAAAGACUGCGCGCAAAUGAUACAAAUGAUCACAAAACGGAAGGAUAAAAUGGUCGAAUCUGCCGAGAAAAAGUUCGAAAAGCCGGAGCAAAAGAAAGCUGAUCAACUUCAAGUCACGAAAAAAGCUCUAGAAGAAGUGAAACAAGACCUAAAAGCGUUCUCACCCCCUUCUCCUGCGCCUACUCCAGCUCCUGUAGCCCCUGUAGCUCCUGUAGUCGCCCCGAAAAAGACAGUGAGCAAUCAGCCGCGAAAAAAUACUUCGCCAAGCACGAAAUCCGCCUCGAAAUUUCUUCAAAAGCUAAAGAGCAAAGUCCCGCUGAUCACCGUCUGA